CAUCCACCUCCACCCCCGACCUCGUCGCGGAGCUCGGCCGCGUCCUCUCCACGCGCCGCUGGAACAAGGGCCGGGCCUACAAGCGCCUGGCCCCCUCCGUGACCCCGGCCCUCGUCGCCGACCUCUUCCGCGCCCCCUCGGCCGCCCCCGACCCGGCCACGGCGCUCGCCUUCUUCGACUGGGUCGCGCGCCGCCAGGGCUUCCGCCACACGGCCGCCUCCCACGCCGCGCUCCUCCACCUCCUCUCGCGCUGGCGCUCCCCCGCGCGCUACGAGCCGCUCGUCUUCUCCAUGUUCGGCUGCUCGCGGACCGCCGAGGACGCGCGCGCCUCCGCCGACGCCCUGCGGGCAAUCUGCCGAACGGGUGCCGCGCGCCACGCGCUGUCCCCGGCCUGCUACAACUUCGCGCUCAGGUCGCUCGCCCGCUUCGACAUGACGGAGGAGAUGGAGCGGGUCUACUCGCAGCUCGUCGGGGACGGCCUGUUGCCGGACACCAAGACGUACAACGCCAUGAUUAAGUCCUACUGCAAGGAGGGCGACCUCCCCAAGGCGCACCGGUACUUCAAGCUGCUGCUGGAGUGUGGGCUGGAGCCGGACACGUUCACGUGUAACGCGCUGGUGCUGGGUUACUGCCGGGCGGGCAACAUCAGACGGGCCUGCUGGCUGUUGCUGAUGAUGCCGCUGAUCGGUUGCCAGAGAAAUGAGUACUCCUACACCAUUUUGAUUCAGGGCCUGUGCGAGGCGCGGCGUGUAAGGGAGGCACUUGUCCUGUUUUUGAUGAUGAGGGGUGAUGGGUGCUCCCCGAAUUCACACACAUACAAGUUCCUGAUCAGCGGCCUAUGUAAGGAGGGCAGGGUCGCCGACGCCAGGAUGUUGCUUGAUGAGAUGUCUCGGGGAGGUGUUGCUCCUAGUGUUAUAACAUAUAAUGCAAUGAUCGUAGGGUAUUGUAAGGCAGGAAGGAUGCAUGAUGCAUUGGGGAUUAAGGAGCUGAUGGAAGGAAAUGGGUGCCGCCCGGAUGACUGGACAUACGGCACUUUGAUCCAUGGCCUCUGUGAUGGGAAGAUGGAUGAAGCUGAGCAAUUGCUGGAUAGUGCUGUUAAAGGAGGUUUUACACCUACGGUUGUCACAUUCACUAACCUGAUCGAUGGGUACUGCAAAGCUGAAAGGAUUGAUGAUGCACUCAGGGUGAAAAAUAAUAUGAUGCUGAGUAAGUGUAAACUUGAUAUACAUGUUUAUGGGAAGUUGAUCAAUAGCCUCAUUAAGAAGGAUAGGUCAAAAGAGGCGAAGGAGUUGUUAGCUGAAAUUUCGGCAACUGGUUUGGUUCCAAAUGUGUUCACCUACACAUCUGUAAUUGAUGGCUUUUGCAAGAUCGGGAAGGUUGAUUUCGCACUAGAGGUCUUGAAAAUGAUGGAACGCGAUGAUUGCCAGCCAAAUGCAUGGACCUACAACUCUCUGAUGUAUGGGUUAAUUCAGGAUAAGAAACUUCACAACGCAAUGGCGCUGAUAACUAAAAUGCAAAAAGAUGGAAUAACUCCCGAUGUUAUCACCUAUACCACUUUGGUUCAAGGCCAGUGCAAUCAGCAUGAAUUUGAUAAUGCUUUCAGGUUACUUGAAAUGAUGGAGCAGAAUGGUCUGACACCCGAUGACCAAUUACACGCCGUCUUAACUGGUGCACUGUGCAAAGCUGGAAGGGCUGAAGAAGCUUAUUCAUUUCUUGUUAGAAAAGGAGUAGCCCUAACCAAGAUACUCUAUACUAUUUUAAUUGAUGGGUUCAGCAAGGCAGGCAAAAGUGACAUUGCCGCCACCCUCAUAGAUAGCAUGAUUGGUGAGGGGUGCACACCAGAUUCGUACACGUAUAGUGUACUGCUGCAUGCUUUAUGCAAACAAAAGAAGCUGCAGGAAGCUUUGCCGAUACUGGAUCAAAUGACUCAAAGGGGAAUAAAAUGUACCAUUUUUGCUUAUACAACUCUAAUCAACGAAAUGCUCAGAGAAGGGAAGCAUGACCAUGCUAAAAGGAUGUAUGAUGAAAUGGUUUCAUCAGGUCACAAGCCAAGUGCAACCACAUAUACUGUAUUCAUUAACUCAUACUGCAAGGAAGGUCGAGUGGAGGAGGCUGAGAACUUAAUUGUGGAAAUGGAGAGAGAAGGUGUUGCCCGUGAUGCAGUGACCUACAACACAUUCAUUGAUGGCUGUGGGAAUAUGGGAUAUAUUGAUCGCGCAUUUCAUACUCUGAAGCGCAUGAUGGAUGCAUCAUGUGAGCCAGAUUAUGCGAGCUACUGCAUUCUGCUCAAGCAUCUUCUAAAAGAGAAUUUUAAUUUCCAUUAUGUAGACACCUCCGGCAUGUGGAACUUCAUAGAGUUGGAUACUGUUUGGCAGUUUCUUGAAAGGAUGUCAAAACAUGGUUUGAAUCCCACAAUAACGACAUACAGUUCUCUCAUUGCAGGAUUCUGCAAAGCCAACCGCAUUGAAGAAGCAUGUGUUCUUUUUGAUCAUAUGUGCUGUAAAGAUAUACCACCCAAUGAAGAGAUAUACAAAUUACUUAUCAAGUGCUGUUGUGAUACCAAGUCCUUUGAGAAGGCCUCUUCAUUUGUGCACAACAUGAUACAACACAGGUUUCAGCCUCAUCUUGAAUCAUACCAGCUUCUUAUACUGGGACUUUGUAACGAGGGAGAAUUUGAGAAGGCUAAAUCACUGUUCUGUGACUUGCUUGAACUGGGCUAUAAUUAUGAUGAAGUUGCAUGGAAAAUUCUAAAUGAUGGUUUGCUCAAAGGUGGUUAUGUUGAUAUAUGUUCUCAGAUGCUGUCUACCAUGGAGAAUAAACACUGUUCCAUUAGUUCUCAGACACAUGCUAUGGUGACCAAUGGCUUGCAUGAGGCAUCUGGCAGUCUGGUUGGUGAACUCCAAGGAGAAGCUCUUUGAGUCAGCUUGACUGAUAUGUUCAUGCUAAUAGAUGGUGUGCUUCAUUGGCCAACACAUUUAGUCUGUAACUUUCAGUCCGAUGGAAGACAUGUGCAAUUUUGAUAUAAGUGAGGCACAUGUGCAGGUUGCAUGCAGUACCGCGUUCUACAUGACUGACUUGAGAUGAGCAACAUCCAGUUAGGAUGCCGUUUGAUCAGCUAAAUGCCAAUACAUGUUGCUCAAGCUGAUCUGUUUGUCAGAAACAGGAUUAUCAUACCAAUUCAUAUUCAAACCAAAGGCACUUUCUCGUCACGCAGUUGGGAGAUAGUCAGUGUCAGGCUCACCCAAACCUAUGGCUUAUGGAGUCUCAUUGCUUGCUUUACUUUGGGGGUACGAGAGUAUAACUUGAGAUGUUAUUAGUCUAGUGAUGAAAUGCCGUUUAGCUGAUCAAGUGCAAAGAGCACCCUCAAGUGAAAGGUUGGGUUCAGUCAUUGCACUUGGAAACUGGAAUCUCUGGAUGACUGCUUAACCUACGUGAAGGCUUGCAUUGAUGCCUAAUUCAGAGAUGCCAAGACUUCAUGCUCUUAACUGAAGAGUAUCAAUCUCAGGUAUGUCUUCUGUGUUCGUCUAUCACACUGUCCUGUGAUUUCUAGGGAUGUCAAGUUUGCUCUCUUGUGCGGAUCUCUGAUUUUGGGCUUGCAGAGUGGCUUUUUGAAAAAUCGUGUCGUGUUCCCCAUUGAAUUACGAUAGCCUAAUGAUAAUUCCAUAUUAGCCAGAAGACCAAAACAGUAGUGUGAUUGUUGUUUUAACUGUAACUUUACACCCUUAAUACAGGCAUAUGGCUCCAGAGUACUUGCAUGCAUGCGAUCAUAAUGAGAAGAUUUCUGUGUUUUCAUACGGACUUUUGCUUCUCGAAUUGUCAAUCCAUUCUUGAUCAAUUGCAUAGGCAAAACCACUGCUUGAUUGAACAACAUGAAAGAGCCAGUGGACCCUUCUCAUGAUAUUGCAUAUUACCCAGAGAAGAACACGUGCCCCAACAGUUGCAUUCAUGUGCAUUCACCACAGCGCAAGUUCACGGCCUUGUAUGAAACCCGUACUCCGUUUCUUGGAAGGUAGAUAAUCACUUGAACAGAUGUGAGGACCUCAACUCCCAAAGCUCCACAUGUUCAACUCGUGAUUCAGAAGACUAGAAUGGACUCGGACACUCUAGCUACCUUGAUGAUGUGGAAUGCGGCACACGCAGGCUGCCUUGGAGCGGUGAAAUUUAGUAGGAGUAUAUCUGUUGACAGGUUAUUCCAUCUUUUGUAAAUCAUCGGUCUCUACAUUGUGAUCCUCCAGUUUUUCAUAUGUUGAAGAUUGCACGGAUUUGAGAGACCAAUCAUCACCGCUGGGAAUUUCCAUUAGUACUCAGAAUUAUUUCCUGUUUCGUCACUGUGGACUUGUUUUCUCUGGACUGUUUUUACUUGUAGGGUCCUCUGUACUUGUUGAUGAAUAAUUCCAGUUUAUGCACGAACAAGUCGAGCACGUGACUAUAUACUUUGUACAGAUGAAUCUCAUGAUGUACUCCCUUUGUAAAGACAUAUAAGAGCUUUUAUAGAUCACUAGUACCAAUGUACUAUGCCCGUCUCCGGCACUAGUGAUACUGUGAUAGUGAAGAGAUGUGCAGGGGAUCUUUGUCGAUCCUUUUUUUUUGGCAAGACAUGUAACAUGCUACUGCAAG